CAGUAAAAGUACAACAAUUGAAAAAUAAUGUCGCUGUACUUUGAUAAGCGUGUACAAAAUCCGGAAACAGCAUCUAUAAGUACUCAUGCGAUUUGGCAUGCCAAUUAUCCCUUGUUAGCUGUUGCUGCAUACUCUCAAGAUAAAGGUGGCUUUGUUACUGUCUACGAUGAUCAAGGAGAGCCCUUACAGGAUGUGGAAUCACCUAGACAUUCGGUAUCACAGGUGACAGCUCUUGGUUGGCAUCCAGAAAGACGGUGGCUUUCAGCAGGAUGGGAAAGCGGAGAAUUGAAGGUAUGGCCAGGUGAUACUGGUAGCGUCGAAUUCAAUUUGAUAGUCACACCCCAUCGUGAUCCUAUUACAAUUCUGCAAUGGAGUCAGCAUGGAGGAAGAUUAGUAUCUGCAGAUAUAACUGGUUCUAUAGUUGGCUGGAAAAUUGACUCCAGAGGUCAAUUGCUGAUGAUGUUUCACCAUGAGCUAAAGGAUUCUUUUGCAGAAAUAGUAUUUAAAACAAUUCCACCAAAACCAGUGUUUGAUAUAAGUGGUUUAGCAAAAGCUGCAGUUGCAGGAGAUGAAAGAGCAUUAGAUAUAUUUAGCUCUUGGCGCCCUAGAACAGCUGCACCAACAGCAGUUGCAACUCAAAAAGAUAAUUAUGCAUUUUAUGUUGGGACCACCAGCGGCGUGAUAUACUUUGUCGAUAACCAGGGCCAGUGUACAGAAGUUCUUAACACAAAUGGUGCUGCAUUACAGUUCCUGUUGCACCAUCAAACUAGGGAUUCUAUUAUCAUUAUGACAGAUGGUUUGAAUAUAGGACAUUUUCAGGCAGACCCCAUUACUGGACGACUCGUUGAAUUAACAAAAGUGAAAUUUAGCGGUAGAUCCGAUGUAUCACGAACUGGUCCAGCACUUUGCUGGGCUGGUGGAAAUACUCUAGCAAUUCUAACAGGAGAAUUAGGUGUUCGUUGUUGGGAUCUUCAUACUGGCGACACUUACGUGCUGUCUCCGCCAGAUUUAUCUCCUGGAAAUAUUGCUACACCACAGGAGAUUUGUACUAGCAUAUCUUUCUGUAAAAGCAAUGGUACUUUGGCUGCUGGUACAAAUCUGGGAACAAUCUAUCUAUGGAAACGAAAAAUUGAAGUGGACUAUGACGAAAAUGGUUGGCUAAGUGUACCAGAAUCUUGUACCAUUCAUGGAACAGUGAAACAGCUUACAUGGGGUGCUACUUUAUUGAGGAAUCAAUUGCUUGCAGUUAAUUGCAUCACGAAUGUUUUCAUCUUACACCAACAACCAAUGUGUGCUGCAUACAAUGAUGGCGUUUGUGCCAGUCAACUCACUCCCACUCAGAUCUUAAUAGAAAUCGAUGACGUUUCUUACACUUUGAAAACUGAUAUUCAAGUACAACUGGUCGCUAUUAACAAAGAGUACAUUGCUGUUUCCUCGGGUAGGCAAAUGGUGAUUUACAGAAUGCACAGAGAUAGUUCUGUGAAUACUACCCUAGUCACAAGUUUCCAUUGCGACACAGAGAAACUCUUAAUGUACGACCACACUUUGAUCGUUCUGACUCCUCUAGUUAUACAAUUACGAUCGAUGGAAGGUACAGUUCUUCAGACGUUACCUACCUUACCAGAAGAAGGCGAACCGAUUACGAUGGACCUCACCGGACAAUACCUAACAGUUGCAUCUUUAAACGGUAUCUUAAAAAUCUGGGACUUGAGUAAAAGAGAAGCUAAGUUGCAUACCAGAGCAAUGGCAACUUACGAAGCGAUCAAUGACUUUGCUGAAAUCAUCGAGGCAAGGUGUAACAUGGACUGUCGUUUAGUGUCCAUUACAGUUGCUAUGACUAACUUGAUGCCUAGUUCAAUUCUGUACGUUUGGGAUAUAGAAAGCGAUCAGAUACACGAAUUCGAUUUUGCAGAAUCUAAUGAUAUCGAUGAAGACGAUAACAGUCUAGCUGUUAAAUGUAGAGGAAGAUUGGUAACUACUCAUUAUUGGGACGUGGAUGAUCCUAGACUACUAGUAUGUCGUGCUCAAAGAUUGGAUAGUCGAGAUUCUAAAUACUCAACAAAACAGACAAAUGGAAACGACUAUGACGUUUCAAAGGCUACUGUAGUCUUGGUGUCAAUAUUCGCCACAUCAGAUCAUGGGAUUGUCAUACAGGACAUAAAACCAGUUGCAGAUGAAAACUGUAGAGUACUGGGUGUUCAGACUCCGCAUAUCAUUAUUCUAAACUCAGAAAAAACUGCAGAAAGCAGUAGCAAGGUAAGGAAAGUGCUCAUGAGAGAUUUUGAGGAACUGGGUACAUGUGAUGCUGUUACAAAGAAAGCUGUACUAGACUUCAGCUUCCAUAUCAGUGUUGCUAAUAUGGAUGAAGCUUUCAAGGCGAUAAAGUCCAUAAAAAACGAAGGUAUUUGGAAGAGUUUGGCUAGAAUGUGCGUGAAGACAAAGCAGUUGAACAUGGCUCUUUUGUGUUUGGGGCAUAUGAAACAAGCUAAGGCUGCGAGGGCGCUUAGAGAAGCUAUGCAAGAUGAUAGUUUAAAUCUGGAAGCCAAGGUGGGAAUAUUAGCUGUUGAGCUGGGAUUAUAUAACGAUGCUGAACACCUUUUUCGCGAAGCGGAAAGGCUGGAUCUAUUGGGCAAGCUUCUGGAAGCUCGAGAUAAGUUUAAGGAAGCCAUAGAGUUGGCUAGAAACGAGAACAAAAUUCGCGAAAAGACGAGCUGUUACAAUUAUGCGAAAUCUCUUGAGAAGGAAGGGAAAAUAGCAGAGGCAAUAGAGAUGUACACAAAAGCGGAAUGUCAUAGAUUCGAAGUCCCAAGGAUGUUGCUCGUGAGACCAAGAGAACUCCUAGCGUAUCUUAAUAAUUCUGAUGAUCCAGAAAUUAAAAAUUGGCAUGCACAGUAUAUAGAAUCUACAGGAGACAUGGAGGGAGCGUUACGACUGUACGAACAAGCCAAAAACACUCUAGCAAUGACAAGACUACUCUGUUAUUUUGGCAGAGAAGAUGAAGCCAGUGACUUAGUGUUACGAACAAAUCACGCUGCCUCGGCGUACCACUUGGCUGCGUACUAUGAAUCAAAAAAUAAUGUAGCACACGCCAUUCACUUUUACACGAUAGCCAAAGCUUACACGAACGCGAUUCGUUUGUGUAAGGAGCACGACAUGUUUGAAGAAUUAUGGCCCCUGGCUGUGCUUGCACCAAGGCAGACGCAAAUAGAUGUUGCGAAAUACUAUGAAGAGAAUGAUCAACCAGAUAAGGCUGUUUUAUUGUACCAUAAAGCUGGCCUUUUGCACAAGGCUUUGGAUAUUGCUUUCAGGACUAAACAAUACAGUGCCUUGCAGCUUAUUAUCAUGGACGUUAACGCAGAUUCCGACCCAGCAUUGAUAGAGAAAUGCGCCAGUUACUUUGUUGAAAACGAUCAGAUUGAGAAAGCCGUUGACUUGCUGGCUACAGGAAGGAAGUACAUGGAAGCUUUGGAACUGAUCCAACAGCACAACAUUCUCUUAAGCGAAGAUUUAGCAGAGAAGAUGACCCUGGACAAAGUAGACAAUGAUGUAGAACGCGAGAAAGUUCGAAUCUCUAUAUUACAGAGGAUAGGAGAAAUUGCUUUCGAGCAAGGUAAUUAUCAUUUAGCUACCAAGAAGUUCACUCAAGCUGGAAACAAAUUGAGAGCCAUGAAGGCUUUAUUGAAAUCUGGUGAUACCGAGAAGAUCUGCUUCUUCGCACAAGUCUCGAGGCAAAGAGAGAUUUAUAUAAUGGCUGGGAAUUACCUGCAGUCGUUGGAUUGGCAAAAUCAACCGGAGGUAUUGAAGAAUAUUAUUAAUUUCUAUUCCAAGGGAAAAGCGAUGGAUCUGUUGGCAAACUUUUAUGUUGCUUGCGCGCAAGUGGAGAUCGACGAGUUUCAGAACUAUGAUAAAGCUCUGGAUGCUUUGAAUCAAGCCAGCAGGUGUCUUGCCAAGGUAGUCACACCGAGGGAUCCUGAUAUUCAUAAAAGAGCUGUUGAUUUGGUGAACAACAGAGUAACUGUAAUUAAACGUUACCUAGAUAUCAAGAAGUUGUUCGAUAGGGGCGAAACAGGUGCAGCAAUGCAACAGGUGCGUCAAUUGCUAGACUCUCAAGGACCUGAUUUGGAGCAAUCAGUACGCCGUGGUGACUUGUUUGCAACCAUCACCCAACAUUACAUCGAUAUCGGUGACACGGAUAAAGCACGUGCUAGUAUAGAGGAGUUGAAGCGUUUAGUACCUGGGAUUAAUUUAACGUAUUAUUAUAAUGUAAGCGUGUUGGAAGCACUGGGUUACAAAAUGAAAAUACAAAGAGAAGAAAGCUCUGAGAAGGAAGAUGAUAUAGAGGAACUUUUAGCAACUGGAUUGUUAUGCGGCGCGAUAAUGUCGGACCAUUGGGAAGAAGUCGGAUGGGACAAAGAGGCUCUCAGCCAUGCGAACGUUACUCUCACAUGGUACUUGGACGGACAAGUCGCGUUGCUGGAGCCGGCUUCCGGUCAUAGGAACCAUCAUUCUGGCAGACGACCCACAUUUCUCGUCCCGAUGUACGGCGGUAUUUGGAUCAUGUGCGUCUCCCUUACGGAGGAGGAAAUACGACUACUGGGUCAGGUACGUUUCCCGCAGCAGAGGUGCAUUAACUACUUGACACCCGACGAAGAACACGAGGAGAUUCGUGCCGCCUGGCAAAACCGGAUGCAGAAUUUGAGUAUCUCGUGUUCUCUAGUUUGCCUGAUCAUUCUGGGCACCGCUGUUCUCAUUGGAUUUUUUGGACUGUGCAGGCAUCAGAUAUCGGCGGUUCUCGUUACCGGUGUGAUGUACCUACUGGCAGCCACUUUCGCAUUGUUCACCUUGACGAUCAUUCAUUUCAAAAGAGCCCAGGAUCGAGGGGCACGGAUAUUGGACGGUCCUGAGGAUGGUGUUAUCGGUGGACCGGCUCCGCGUAACGUCCUCAAAGCGAGACGAUUCACCAGCUCCUGGAGCAUGGACUUCGGAUGGGGCGGAGUUACGCUUUGCGCCCUCGCCUCGGCCGCGUGGAUCUUGCUAAGCAAAAUAAUGCGUUUCAGCCCCAUCGCGGCUAUGAUAGCGUAGCAGUGGGAGGCCUUCGAGGUCUAAGGUCGUUUCCAAGAGUUAUGAUACUGUUUCGAUGUCGGCGACCCUUGCUGUGCGCUCGGCAGGAGAGAAUGUUCAUCCAUAAUGUAACAUGGCUCGCUGAUUGGACUGGAAAGCUUCGGUUUGUCCAAAUAUCAAGUGAAUCAGCUGGUUCACUGAUGCGAAUUGCUCGGUGAGAUGUGAAAUUUCAAUCCUGCUUUCAUGAUCAAUCUUGAGGAGUUGUCAAUUCUAUCUUGAAAAUUAAAGAAACUCAGGUGUAUCGCAUAAACUUUGAUAUUUAAGGGGAACAGUUUGGAUACAGGGUCGGGCAUUGGGACAAACUUUCAGUGUAUUUUCUUUUUCAGAAAUUGAAAUGACAAUUGAAAAUGACCACCUCGAAGGCGCAUCAUUUGUUUUAUUAACAGGUAACGUGUGUUGCAUAUUGUUUGUCGAAUCUAGCUUGAAUCUGUGUAAGGCACCACGAGUAAGAAGGAGCACAAUUUUUGGCCAUCCUUCUGAACGCAAUGUUUUGUACAAUUUAUCAAAUAAUCUCUAGUCUUUGACAAAAAAAAAAGAAAAUAAAUAAAAAGAUAAAUAA